AAAUGGUAAAACAAAAAACACCAAAAGUUAUGUCUUUAUAUUAUUGAACUCAACUGAGUUACAGUAAAUCGUCCCUACGAUUAAACAAUUUCAUAUUAACAUUGAACGAAUACCCGAACUUGCUAUCACAAUGAUUGAGACUUGUUCUAAGAAAUGUAUGCUUUUUGGGACAGUUUCUCUUGGAAUAUUAACGAUUGUUAUAUUGAUUUUGGAGUCCCAUUUGGCUGACUCACUAUCAGGCAGUCAUAAGAUGAAGAAUAAGACAUUUCCCACUGAGAAUAACUCAACAUGCUGGCAGCAUCAAAAAUAUUCCAUUAUUAAGGAAUGUCAUCCUUGCUCAGACUUUGAAAUUAAAAGUAAGAGUAUAGGUGUGUGUAUACAUACAAGCUUUAAGGAAAUACUUAAAUGUGCAAAUGGAGAAACAGUCACCAGAAGCUGUGACAGAGUGGCUUACCUAGAAGAGAGGGCCUUUUGGAAAUUCACAAUUUGGUCUUUUGUUAUUGGAUCAGCAUCCUCAAUAGCAGUCAUGUUACGGACCAGGGUCCUGAACUACAGGGCCAGACGGAAGGCCCGGAUAGCCCUCAGUAACGGAGCUAUAUAGCAUAUAUGUAAAUCUAUAUUUAUUUGUAUAAAUAAAAGUAAUUAAUCAGUC